AUGCAGGUUUAUCGCAGUGCUCUACGGUUAGUCCGGUCAAUGCUGACUUUGCCAUAUUUGAAAGUGGGAUAUUUGACUGCUCCUCCGGCAGACGACCCCAUUGCACCACACAAACAUUGGGAGAGGUCACAGUUCAUCUUAAACCAUACGGAACUCCAGCAGGUCAAUGAUUCCGAAAGCGCACCUGUCAAAGCAAACGCGCUCGUGGAGAAAGCCAAAAGGUUUAUCAAGGUAGACGUCGCGGACAUAGUUUCAGUGUCCACGUGCUCCGAUCUCACGCUGCCGCCUGGUGCUGGCCUCUGUAUAAACACAACUCAUGGGCCCGUGUUCUUGGUUGCUGAUACCUGGGAGUCUCUCGAUGGCUGGCUUGAUGCGAUACGUCUGGUGUACACCAUAUUUGCAAGAGGGAAGACCGAUGUCCUGGCGGGCAUCAUCACCGGCUGA